UAAUAAUAAUGGAUGAAGAGAGAAACCCCCUGUUUUUCCCCCUCCGCACUCAAACCCGCUCCGCCCACCAACCUCCGGCUCUGCUUUCCGGACUGCCGACCCCCCGCCCCGCAGCAGGACAAUCGGACGGACGGACGGACGGACGGCGCAGGCCCCGCCAGGCCCGGGGGCGGAGGGGGCAGGAGGGGAUCUGGGGGUCGGUGCUGGGUGCCCCCUGCCCACAGCCCGGCCGGGGACCCCGGGGAAGGCUGUUUGGGGAUUCUUUUCUUUUCCUUGUCGCUCCCCGUCCGCUCGCUCGCCGCGGGGGCUGCUCCUGCCGGACGGACACCGAUGGCUGUUGGUGAAGCGCUGACCCCCACCCGGCUCUGGCCAGCGGGGCUCGGAGACGCCACCAUCACCAGCACAGCACCCCAGCCCUGCGCCCCCCACCCAUCCCGGCCGCCGGAGAGGAGAGGAGAGAAGAGGAGAGGAGAGGAGGGGGCCACCUCCGGAGGGGACCCCACCCCUGCCGCCCCUGCUUCACCCCCGGCCCCCGCCUCGGCCGUGGCGCCGGCGCCGCGUUCUCUCUCUCCUCCCAGCCAGAAGCAGAGGGACUCUUUAAGUUCUAUUUUUUAUUUGAUUGAUUUUCAUUUUCUGCACAAAACCAGCAAUUGUAAAUACUUUUGAAGAAAAGAAGUUAAAAAAAAAAAAAUGUUUAAGGAUAAAAAAAAAAAAUUAAAAAGCUAAAAAAAUAAAAAAAAAAAAAAAAUUAAAAAAAUCACGCACCGGAGGGAGAAUCCAAAAAUGAUGGAGAACAGGCCUAAAGCAUCCAAGAGGUGAAUAUGCAGCAGAAAAGAG